GGACAGAGUGGGAAAAGGAGCAAGCAGAGUUAGAAGCCGGACAAAAGAACUUAUAGACCCCUUAUAUACAUAUUCGCUUAAUGUUUUAGAGCGCGUGGUGUGUGGAAAACAAUUGCGGUGAGUGCGGAUGGACUUGUCAGUGUAGUCAUGGAACCCCCUUUAAGCAAGAGGAAUCCGACGAUAAGAUUAGCGGAUUUGGCAGCGACUCAACCCCUUCCUCAUCAGAAUAUGACAGGCUUCCCGGGGCUAGGGGGGCAUCACCCUCUCUCCCACCAUGCCCACCUCCACCCUGGGGAGCUGGGCAACGACCCCGGAGUGGCACUCACUCCAUUUGGACCAGAGCACAUGGCACAGACAAAUGCUCUCAAACUUAGCCCAUCUCAGCACAUUCAGAGCCAUCCCGAAGCCCAGACCGCGGCAUCUUUCACUUCUGCUCAGACCACAGUUGGUUUCCCCGUGGCUCACCCCCACUCAGGCUACUCAAGCAGCAGGGACUUCAUCCUCAGGAGAGAACUCUCAGCCUCUGCUAUGCAUGCACUUGGCGACCAGCAUAGUUCCGCCUCCUCCCCACAUCACCAUGGCAUGUUCAUCUCCCCAACAGGUGCUUAUGGGCACACAGAAAGUGGGGCCCAUUCACUUUUCACUGGACUUCACGACCAGGCGUCCCCGGGUGCCCACCACCAUGCCCUCAACGGGCAGAUGCGCCUGGGUUUACCGGGGGACAUCUACGGCAGGCCGGAGCACUUCGGGCACAGGCCGGAGCACUAUGGACCCUCUUCUCUCCACAGCUACAACUCCAUGAACCUCAAUGUGAACAUCGCUUCUGCUCCUCACGGAGCCGCGGGGGCGUUUUUAAGGUACAUGCGGCAGCCCAUAAAGCAAGAGCUAAUCUGCAAGUGGAUCGACCAGGAGCAAAGUCAGAAGAAGCCCUGCUCGAAAACUUACAGCACCAUGCACGAGCUGGUCAACCACGUCACGGUGGAGCACGUCGGGGGACCGGAGCAGAGCACGCACGUCUGCUUCUGGGAAGAAUGUCCGCGGGAAGGGAAGGCGUUCAAGGCAAAGUACAAGCUGAUCAACCACAUCCGCGUGCACACGGGGGAAAAGCCCUUCCCGUGUCCGUUCCCGGGCUGUGGAAAAGUGUUCGCUCGAUCGGAGAAUCUGAAGAUUCACAAGAGGACGCACACAGGUGAGAAACCUUUCAAGUGCGAGUUUGACGGCUGUGACCGAAAAUUCGCCAACAGCAGCGACCGGAAGAAGCACUCCCACGUCCACACCAGUGACAAGCCUUACUACUGCAAAGUCCGUGGCUGUGACAAAUCCUACACGCACCCGAGCUCGCUGCGGAAGCACAUGAAAGUGCACUGCAAGUCCCCGCCGCCCCCCUCCACCAACGUCACCUACAUCUCCUCCACGAACCCUCUCGGAGAUCCUCUCUCGCCCAACCCCGAGCCGCACAGGCACCGCUCGGCGAACCUCUCCCCUCAGGUCAGCAACCUCAACGAGUGGUAUGUGUGCCAGGGGAGCGGGGGGCCCAACCACCUCCACACCCCCUCCAGCGAUGUGCCAACGUCAGACUCGGACGACGAGGACUCUUACAGAAACUCAGACCCAAGGACGAUGCUCUGAUGCCCUGCGUAAAGCCGCAGUCUGACUGUUGCCAUCUGACUGACCCAUUAACACACAGGUCCACUCUGGCCUCUACGCUUGGGAUUUUAAACCACGAUGACUGUCGUGUUAGUAGACGACUGUGCUAAACGCAGCUACACAUUUAUCUUGGAUGCAGUGCGGACAGAAAUUGCUCUGAUGUGACCCCUGACCUUGCCAAAAUAAAACAUUUGACGUUAGAACUCACAUUAAAAAAAUUAAAAAAAAUCUUUUUCAUAUUUAAAAUUACCAAAAUUGCACUGAGCCAAUUUCUGAAAACAAAUUAUUUAGAAUUUCUUUUAGUUAAAAAAAAAAAAAACAACAACAACAAACAAAACAGAAAAACAACAAGCACCCAGUAUGCAGAGUUGAAUGAAGAGCAUCUCUUAGGACUAUGGUUGUGUGCUCAUGACACCUUUCAUCUGAUCACCCAUCAUCACAUUAUUGUUUAAUAACUGGCCUGACAUCCAUCACUGUCAUGACCCACAGCAAAACAACUGGUACUGAGUGUAGCCUCGUAGUAAAUGGACGAGCUUUUCCCCUCAUCUCUUCUUUAAGGCAGGUACAUGCUUUGAGAAACCAAUAAGGAUUAAAAAAGAAGAGGAAAACAUCUGGAUGUCUUAAGGGUUCUGAUUUACAUUUUCAGAUUUCUACAAUACAUGUGUUUGGAUGGAAUUUUGUAAUAUUUAAGAACUAUUUAAGACUAUAUUUUAUGCACAAUACACAAGUGUUACGCUCAUUAAAAAUAUGAGUAAGUCCCUUGAGACCCUAAAUGUCAACACUGACAGGCUUCGACCCUGUAGAAUUGUAUAUAUGUAACUGUACUGAUGCUUGUGAAUGUUGUGUAGUUUUAAAUACAAAAAUGUUGUUUUGUACAUUGUAAUUUAUUUGCUGGUAUAAGUGUUGUACUGGAAUUACAGAAACACCAAAGAAUAAUAAUAUCAGUUUUGGUGAUGUGUAGUACCAGGCUGAUGAUUUCUGUUUAGCUCUGUUCCACGUUUUAUUUUGCCCUUUUCCCCUCAUUUUUAAUUGUGUUCUGUAAGAGAAGAAAACAUUUACUUGAAUAGGCUGUGUAAUGUGAAAAGUUCCUUUCUCGCAUGCCAUUUUUGUAGUGACCUGUCUUUUUCUUUGAGGUGCAUGGUGUCGUUGGACAUGAUUGACAAAAAAAAAAAAAAAAAAAAAGGUGAAUCAUCUACAACUGUGCAGAGCCUUCAUGUUCAAAUUUACAACAAAAGAAUCCUUAAAAAUUAAUACACCACGAUAUAAACAGUAAAUAAUAAAAAGUGUCAAAUCAGUAAAUUGUAUAGUACCAAUAAAGUUUUUUAACAUACAAUAUUAAGCUAUAAACGGUCA